AUGGCGGCGGCCGCGCCCAGGGACCCGGCUGAGUUUGACAGCUCUUGGGGAGGGACUUCCGGCGUCCUCGCUGUGGCCGCGGUUUGGGGCCCUCCUCGCUUUGUUGCGACACCAUCUGGCAGGUUUGGGACUAACCAGACCGAGAAGGACAAUGUGACUUUGGAGGAUAUGGCCGUGUACUUCUCCUGGGAGGAAUGGGGUCUCCUUGAUGAGGCUCAGAGAUGCCUGUACCAUGAUGUGAUGCUGGAGAACUUGGCACUGAUGGCCUCCCUGCAUAAGGCCCUCACACAUCACAGUUGGAAAAGUUCUUACAAAUGUGGUGAAUGUGGAAAAGCCUUCUGUCGUAAAUGUACACUUGUUCAGCACCAAAGAAUUCACACUGGAGAAGGACUGCUUGAGUGCAGUGAAUGUGGGAAAACCUUCAGCUAUAAGCAUACAUUUGUUCAGCAUAAGACAGUCCACACUGGAGAAAAGCCUUCUGAUAGCAGUGAGUGUGGAAAGGCCUUCAGGUUCAAAUAUAAACUUUUUCAGCACCUACAUACUCACACUAGAGAGAGGCCUUACAUGUGUAGUGAAUGUAGGAAAACUUUUGGAUGCAAAUCCAAACUUGUUCGGCACCAGAGAAUUCACACAGGAGCACGACCUUAUGAGUGUGCUGAAUGUGACAAAUUCUCCAGACAAAGUUCCAGCCUCUUUCAACAUCAGAGAAUUCACACUGGAGCAAGGCCUUAUGAACGUGACAAAUGUGGGAAGUCUUAUAGCCAAAGUUCUAUCCUCAUGCAGCAUCAGAGAGUUCACACUGGAGAAAGGCCAUAUGAGUGCAAUGAAUAUGGGAAAUCCUUUAGACAAAGCUCCAGCCUCAUUCAACACCAGAGUGUUCACACAGGAGCAAGGCCUUACGAGUGUAGUGAAUGUGGGAAAUCCUUUAGCCAAAGUUUUAGCCUCAUUCUACAUCAGAGAAUUCACACUGGAGAAAGGCCUUAUGAAUGCAGUGAAUGUGGGAAAUCCUUUAGCCAAAACUAUAGCCUCAUUCAACACCAUAAACUUCACACUUGAAAAAGGCAUUAGGACUGCAGCCAACCUGAGAAAGUUUUCUGCCGUCUGCUCUGAUUCAACACCAAAAACUUAAAGACUCAAAUCAGUUUUAUGAAUCAGUAGAUGUGGAAAAACCUUCAGCCAAGAUCUAAGCCCAUUCAGCAUGAAAAAGAAAUUCCACAUAAGAAAAUGGCCUUAAAUGUUCAGGAAAUAUGCUCUUUCUUUGUUCAAUGUAACAGCACUAGAGAGCUUCUCUGAGGAGCCAUCUACCACACAUUCCAGUUACAAGAAGUUUUCAGGAGCUGCAUUUCAUAUUCUGACCUGCUCAGACCUUCCCGGAAUUCUCACUGCCAGUGGUGGCAGAAGGUAUCUCACCUCUGACACCCAGGAGGUCCAUGCGAGUCACCUUAGCAUGCUCAGAGAAGACAGAUGUUUGUGUUCUUCUGCUCUGUAGUGGAAAUCAUGGUCUGAACCCCUGGGGUGGGGACCUUUCCUCUGACUAGCUAUGGCAUGGACCUGAUCCACUUUUUACCACAGAACCCAAUCCAGGAACCACUGAUAUUUUGCAAGUUUUACCCUCUUUGUGGCAUUGUUGAUCUUAUGCCAUACUUUUUAUGGAUUUUCCAGCCUCUAAGUCACUGAGGUGGGACCUGUCUUCCUCACAUUUGCUCUGAUUUGUGCAAUAAUAAACAUCUUAUUAAAUCACAUUUAAUCUUAA